AUGUCAGCACAACACCAUAUCCAGCUUGCGAAGGCUUUACCCGCCCAGCUGCAACGCUUUUUUGCUCGUUGGCCUCCUGCCUCGAUCGUUCCCGCUGGCGCCCCCAAGACGGGUUUCCAAGAAAUCACCCCAAACCCCUUCGCCGCCCGAAAACAUCCGGAGACCGGUAAAUGGCACGACCCGGUAUUCUCGCUGCGACGGCAAGCCGAGAUCGUCAAGCUCGCGCGCCAGCACGGUGUCGAGGAGUUGUUGCCGCCCACGGUGAAGGGCACCGAGUAUAGAAUUUCACACCGCGUUGAGCAUGGUUUGAGGGUCAAGGGUACUGGUGUAGGACAAAAGGUCAAGGGAAAGAUUCACGAGAGAAUGGUGCAACCCAGGAUGGAGAAGAGGAGAGAGGCUGUGCUUGCUAUGCCCAAGCUUAUCAAGGAGUGGAAGAAGGUUGGAAAGAGGAACUGGACCAGAUUUCCGAAAUAA